CCGGAAAUGGGCGUCAAUCGUCACUAUAGCAACGGAUGUAAUCUUGUAAGUUAGCGUGUGAACACAUUCGCCUGUUUUUUUAUAUUCGUGACCCUAUAUCUCAGUCAAACAUGAUGGAGGAAUCAGAUACGUACCACAUCCGACCUAACCAUCGGUUCAAGUUUAAACCAGCCGUCGUAAAGGGAUACAUCCGUAAUAUUGUGAGGGAGCGUCUUUCUGAUGUGCAGUACGAACCAGAGACUGUCGCAGAGCUGACCCGUUCACUGGCAGAGAGCGUAAAGGACAAAGUGAAGACUGCAGAAUUUGACAGAUACAAGAUUGUUGUGCAGGUGCUCAUUGGAGAACAACGAGGACAAGGAGUAAAGAUGUCUGCUAGGUGUUUGUGGGACGCAGACACGGACAACUAUGCAGAAGAUGUUUUCAUGAAUGACAGCUUGUUCUGUGUGGUGACAGUUUUUGGAAGCUAUUAUUACUGAAGACUUGAAGCAUGGAUGACCUCAAAUCCUUUUAUAUAUAGAGUUAUGAAAUGAACAUUUCUGAGACGGCACACUGCCAGCUCUUCAGCUUCUGGAGAGUGGAAAUAUGUCAUUUCUGUCUCUUUCAGAAGUAUGAUUCUCACACAUCCUGUAUAGGACCUUUGCUGAUGUAGUGAUAAUAUAAUGAAUGCUCUCAAUGUAAUUUCCUGACUUGACAAGAUAGAGAUUGAUGACAGAAGCUGUUUGAACAGCUAAUUCUGGAUUGCACCUAAUGAUGUGCCAGCCUGGACUCCCAGGUGCUGAAAAGAUGGUGUCAGCUCAGCUGGGCAAAGGAACUUUCCCAAAUUCAUUUUAUUUUAAAGGAUAAUUCAAUAAAAAUAAAUUAUCUUAACCAACACAUGUUAUUGUUUAUGUUUUGGAGCUGCUGUAUCAGAAAAUGUCAGAAUCAUGACAGAAAUGAUAAUCAACUUUUAUAAUUAUAGAACAAGACAACACAAAUCUGGAUAUUUGGACAUAUCUGGAUAGCAUUACAAUUAUUACCACUUUAUUUUAUUCUGUAUUCUACAAAUUUUAGUACUUCCUUCACAGUUAUGCGUUAGCUUAGUUUUUUGGGAAUAUUCAAAUGUCCUUUUGGACUCUCUAUGUCUAAGCAAUUUAAAUGUUUAGAGCUACACAGACAGCUUCUAUAACGGGUUAAAGAAACUGUUCAUAUUUGGAAAAUAAUAGUGUCAUCAAAUUUAAGCUGAAAAAAAUAGCCAAGUGAAGAUGUUAAUGAUGAAAAAUGAAACUAUAUCCUUACAUGCUGCUGACAAAAUAGAGUAGGCUAAACACAUGGGACUUUUCAUUUUUUUAUGACUGAAAAGAGGUUUUUGUUCCUACAAAAUGACUCACAUCUUCUACCUACAAUGUCUGAGUUGUCUCACAUUUCCCUCUAAAUUAAUCCAAUAAAAUUCAACAUCUA